AAGCAAAAUACGAGACCUGUGACUGUGUGUGUGUGUGUGUACUGGGUAGCUAAAGUUCUUUGCUCCCGUCUAUCGCGAAGUAGUACAAUUUGCUGCGCCUUUGACAAGGAUUUUAUACCGCCGAAGAGGGUUAUAUAGGUCGAGACAUCUCCGCAGGUCGUAAGAGUUUAGCGGUAGAGACGUCGACGAAGUGGUGACCGAGGAUGUCGGAACUGCUGAGCUCCGCGUGGAGCUACCUGAGUGGCAGCGGAGGUGGAGGGGAAGGAGGCUCGGGAGGUGCUCGUUUCGUGGGUCAGGAGGUGGACAUGGGUGGCGGGAAGGUGGUAAAAAUCAGACGAGUCAUUGCGGAAGGUGGCUAUGGCUAUGUAUUUGUGGCUCAGGAUACUCAGUCAGGAAAAGAGUAUGCAUUGAAG